AUCAUCUAGAGCAUUUCGGAAGCCGCUAACCCAAGUAUCCCACCGGGGACGAAUUUACGGAUUUGCCCUCCACCUUCUCCCUCCCCCUCGCGGCGCCGCUUCUUAUACCCUUCCUCCUCCUCCGGCGUCGUCCCCGAGGUCUUCUAAAAAAAACCCUAAUCCAUCCACUCCAAAUCGCCACGCAGGAAGGGAGGAAAGGACCACCAGCCACCGCGCGCGCCCAAAUCGUCGCAGCUGCUUCCCCGAGGAGAAGAACAUGAGUCGCCACCCGAGCACUAAGUGGGCGCAGAGGUCCGACAAGGUGUUCUUGACGAUCGAGCUGCCCGAUGCCAGGGAUGUGAAGCUCAACCUGAAGCCUGAGGGCCAGUUCAUCUUCUCGGCGAAGGGCCCUGCCGACGACACCCCUUAUGAGCUUGAUCUUGAGCUCUUUGAUGCUGUGAAUGUUGAGGAGAGCAAGGCAGCUGUUGCGGCAAGGUCCAUAUGCUAUCUUAUCAAGAAAGCAGAGAGCAAGUGGUGGCCUAGGCUGCUGAAGAAGGAAGGCAAGCCACCUGUGUUCCUCAAGGUUGAUUGGGAUAAGUGGCAAGAUGAGGAUGAUGAAGACAUUGGGCUUGGUGACUUCGGUGAUAUGGACUUCUCGAAGCUGGGCAUGGGAGGUCCUGAUGAUGAUCUUGAGGACGAUGACGAAGAUGACACGGCUGACAGUGCUAACAAAGAUGAUGAAGACAUUAAGGCAGAGGGGAGCGGGGAACAGGAAGCUGCUGGUGAAGCGAAGCCGUGAAAUACCUGAGAGUUUUAGAACGCUAUGCUUGACUUGUUUGUGACGCUGCCAGGUCUUAAGAUUUUUUUGGUGUAAACUCUGGAGAGUGGAUCACUGCCACUAAAGUAAAGUAGUAGUUAUGGUUUAGUAGCUCCAUUUUGUUAAAAAACUUUGUGCAUUGCACACUGUUCUGUUAUGUGAAUCGCCAUAUUUGCAUCAACCAUUGCAAAGCUAUCCAGCCAUUCUGUGUUUCAUACUUUUACUCAUAGCGGUUUGGUGGCAUGUUCCAUUUGCCUUGUACUUUGGAACUUGCAUAAUUGUUCGUGACUGUAAAAAUAAACUGAAGUAUCCAGCUUGCUCAA